AUGGGGCAUUUCCACUUCGGAUACCUGAUGCACACUAUGUUUGUACUGUGGAACUACACUCCUUGAAUAUACGGGUUUAAUCCCAACAACACAAGAGUAGUAAACAUGGCAGCUAAUAUUAUAUUCCUAAUCAUGGCUGCAAUCAGUGGAGGGUUUUCAUGGAAAUUCUCAAGAUAUGGAAAGAGAAAAGCACUCAUUAUUUCAGCAUUGCUUUGUCUCUCAGGAAGUGGUAUUCUCUACAUUAGGUCAUUGUAUGCGAUGACCAUUGGACGUGGAAUUGUCGGACUUGGAUUUGGAAUCACUAGCGCUAUCGCUCCUCUUUUUGUGAGUGAAAUUUCAGCUCCAAAAUAUAUUGAAUAUUGCAUUGUGAUUACUCAGUUGUGGUUUAACAUCGGGUUUAUAAUUCCCUUGUUUUUGAGUUUUUCUUUUCCAAGAGUUGAUGCCAUAACUAUAAAUCUUCAAAACUCAGAUGAUUGUUCAGGAUUUGGCAAUAUCAACUUUAUUUGGAGAGAAAUGGUUGUUCCAAUUACACUGAUUCCAGUUCUUCAAUUAAUAUUGCUGCUAAUUGUAUUCAAAACAGAAAACCCACUCUAUCGGCAAAGCUAUAAAGAUAACUCAUCUUCAUUAAGUUUGAAACAGACAGAUGACUAUAUGUUUCACUCUGGCGUAAAUUAUGAUGAAGACUCCCAGCAAUCAACUGAGAAAUCUGAAACUCUCCUAGUGAAAGAUACUUGGAGCAAUCUUUGGAAAUUCUCUGAACGAAAGAAGAUCUUUGCCUCUUGCAUGGUCAGAGGUUUCCAACAACUCACUGGAGUCCAUGUAUUGCUUAACUAUGGACUUUCUUUUGUGUACGACUCGAGAAUUCCGAGGAUCAAUCUGUCAUUUACUAUAACUUGAGCUUCAGUUGUGUUCCUAAUCCCAUCAGUGUUCAUGCUAAAGAAAUUCGGAAGGAAAUAAACUAUUCAUGGCUGCCAUGAUCAUUACUUGUUUUUGAUGCUGAAUCCUAUUUCAGCUGACAGACCAGUUGACUCUUGUAGACAAUCGAAUUCCUAUUUUUGGGAGUACUAUAAACCUGGCUUCUGCAAUUAUGGUGUGGAUUUAUUUCAUAUCAUUUUGGCUAAACUUUGCAUCAACUCCAAUACUUUACUGUACAGAAACUCUGUCAGAUAAAGGAAUGGCUAUCGUUACUGCCUUCCAUUGGAGCGUCAUUUCGCUAGUAAUAUCUCUUCCAUCUUUAGCCAUGCAUGUCAUCGAGCAGAUCUACGGACGACCAAGGUUCAGAAUGGCAAACUCAUUCUUCUUUUUCUUGUUUAGUGGAGCAGCAAUGCUAGGGUUCUUUUGUGCAUCCCUUUACAUUAUCGAGACAAAAGGUAAAUCUAAAAUGCAACUAUCAGAAGAGUUCAAGGAGAGAGUGUUUAGUCUUAAAAACUCUAAGAUUUACAAGAAGUAA